GCUCAGGCACGUAACAGAGGACGUUUGCGCAAUUACAAAAAUUCUGUCGGCACAUUCUGAGCCGAGUGUUUUUGUUUUCAUUGCCGUCGUACCAGAAACAUGACCCCUUACACCCGCAAACAACCUUUUCUCGCUGGUGCAACAUUCGUAGUAGUAUUAGCUAUGACGUUGCACCAGAGUUUUUCCACCGAAGCUCCGCCCACAGCACCUGCCUCCGUAACCAGUACCCCUCAGGUCCCCUCCGCAUCUCCCAGCAAACCUGAGAGAGGCAACUACAAUGUGACCAACAACAAUGGCACGGCCUGUCUCAUGGCAAGCAUGGGCCUGCAGCUCAACGUUACCUAUGUGUCCAGUUCUCAGAGCAAGCCUGUCCAGGAGAUUGUGAACCUGCAUCCUAACAUGACGAAGAAUAUGGGGUCAUGUGAUGGGGACAGCGCCACCCUGAUUCUGAAAGAGGAGAACACCACCCUCACCUUUAUCUUUUCUCUGAAUUCCACGUCUAGGAAGUAUCAUCUGAAUGGUUUGGCUUUAUCGGCAUUCUGGCCAGACAUGUCUGAGCCUUUUUCUGCCAGUAACACCACUUUGAACUACCUACGGGGAACACUGGGGCACUCUUACAUGUGCCGUGAGGAACAGACUCUGAAUGUAGAACAGGAUUUUUCCCUCAACACCUUCCAACUGCAGGUCCAGCCCUUUGGCAUCAACGGCGAUCAGUUUGGAGCAGCUGAAGAGUGUGAGCUGGAUGAAGACGAUAUGUUGAUCCCCAUCAUUGUGGGGGCAGCCCUGGCCGGCUUGGUGCUGGUGGUCCUUGCAGCCUAUCUGAUUGGGAGGAAGAGGAGCCACGCUGGAUAUCAGACCAUCUGAACCUUCUGAUGUGCCCUUCAAGCUAGGAGACAUUACCCACCACCCCAUCAAAACACUACACAUCUGACCAGCCUCUGCUGACCUUGUUGCUGCUCAUCCUUCAUGCUGCCAUCCAUACCCCUGUUCGCUGCCUACCGUGGA